GAGAAGCAUUGUAUCUUUGCUCGGUCAACAUUUUGCCAUUCAGAAAGAAAAAAGUCAUUCGGCAGCCAGAUAACCAGACAAAUCGUUGUGCAUUGUAGUGUUGCUGUGUUGUAAAAAUCUGUCCGCUGUGUUUCUGUUGGUCCGCCGUGCGAUUGUGCCCGUGAAAGCUUGACGCGCGCGUGUGUGUGUGUGUGCUAAUUGAGUUCGUUUCUGCAGUUAUCGCUUUGCUAGCAAAAAAGAGGAAGACGUUAUAGAUUGGUGAUGUGUUUUGCCAAAUCUUAAGCGAGUAUUCGGUGUUUUGCCAGCUAGAAAGAGGGUGCAUUUCGAACAAAGCGAAACAUAAAAAAUCGUGUUAACUGAAGUGAUAAGAAUCAGUUGUUAGUAACAAAUUGAUUCGUAAUUAAAGUGGCAUCGGUUCUCUACUGUGCUACAAGCGAGACCGCAUCGAAGAGGGAGUAACAUAAUUUCGAGAAAUCCGUGUACCAAAAAUCCGUCACAAUUUUUUCCAAAGGCGACAACAUGGCGUUUGCGGGCCUUAAAAAGCAAAUAAAUAAAGCAAAUCAGUAUGUUACAGAGAAGAUGGGAGGUGCUGAAGGCACCAAACUGGAUCUGGAUUUCAUGGAGAUGGAGCGCAAAACGGAUGUCACCGUCGAGCUUGUCGAGGAGUUGCAAGUAAAAACCAAAGAGUAUUUGCAACCCAACCCGACAGCUAGAGCUAAGAUGGCAGCUGUCAAAGGUAUUUCUAAACUAUCAGGUCAGGCUAAAAGUAAUACUUAUCCACAACCAGAAGGUAUACUGGCCGAUUGUAUGUUGACUUACGGAAAGAAGCUGGGUGAAGAUAGCAUCUUUGCAACAGCGCUGGUCGAAAUGGGCGACUCGCUCAAGCAGAUGGCUGAUGUGAAGUAUUCUCUCGAUGAUAACAUCAAACAAAACGUUCUCGAGCCGCUUCAUCAGUUGCAGAUGAAGGACUUAAAGGAAGUAAUGCAUCAUCGCAAAAAAUUGCAAGGUCGACGUCUAGAUUUCGACUGCAAGAAACGGCGCCAAGCUAAGGGAUCUCAAAUUACAGAUGAUGAAAUUAGGAGUGCCGAGGAGAAGUUUGCCGAAUCGCUGCAGCUUGCACAGGUUGGAAUGUACAAUCUAUUGGAAAAUGAUGUGGAACAAGUUUCACAAUUGGUAACAUUUGCCGAGGGUAUGCUCGAUUAUCAUUCGCAAUGUUCCGAAAUAUUGAAGGUUCUGGUAGAAACAUUGAACGAAAAGCGAGAAGAAGCUGCAGCCAGACCAAAGUCGGAAUUUGUUCCGAAGACGCUAGCCGAUUUGAACAUUGAAAUUCUUGGUUCGCAGGAUGGAAUGAACGGUGGGCCACAUUUUCUUAAUCCCAAUAGGUUGAAAAAUUCCCAUCAUCACAUGUACAGCUCCCAGCAAAAUCUAUCUCAUAACAAAAACCACAAUACGAACAACAAUAGCAGUCACUUUAAUCGCAAUCGCCUGUACGGCUCACAGCAAAGCCUGGCAUCAUCUCGCAGCGGUAGUGGCAUAGGCGGAGGCGGAAGCGGUGAUGGUGGUACAGGUAGUGCUAGUGGUGCUAAGGGCAGUCAUACCGUCGCCGCAUCCGACAGAAGGCCUCCCUCGUAUGGGUCGUCGGUAGACACCUGGUUGAACGCCUGGGACCAACCCGGGAGUAGCUUCGGCGACGGUGGCGGUACUGGACCGAAAGUUGACACUAGGGCUACCACGGUCAACAACAACAAUAAUCGUUCUAAUUAUAAAAGCAGUAACACUACGAUGUACCAUACGGCAACAAAUAGUACCUCCAGGUUUGCUAACAACAACAACUACAGUGAUCCUUGGUCAGCAUCACCGUUGCCAUCACCGAUGCGUUCCCCCGCAAGAACACCGAUGCCAUCCAAACCAACGCAACCGUGCUGUACGGCGUUGUACGAUUUUGAGCCAGAGAAUCCAGGCGAAUUGGGAUUUAAGGAAAAUGAUCUUAUCACUUUGAUUCAACGUGUGGAUGAAAACUGGUUCGAAGGCAGCCUGAACGGCAGAACUGGAUAUUUCCCCCAGUCCUACGUACAAGUAACUGUGCCACUGCCUACCAACUAAGCGCAUGAGGAAGUGAUUACGAGCGUUCUGAAUAUUUAGGAGCAUAACUUACAACCCAAGCAAACCAUGCACUAACAAUUACGAAUACGCAUAUAGCAGAUAAAGACAGUAGGAGACAAGAGGACAACACGUUAUUGUAAAAGAAAGGCGAGUGUUAAAAGCAAUGAACCUACGAAAUGCGGACAAAUCAUGCAUGAUACGGUUACGAAAAGCGGAUGGUUGAGAAGAAAAGUAAAAGAGAAAACAGUAUCUAGGAAAGUUAAACAUACAACUCUGUACAUGUUUGAAAAAGGUCGUGGUCGUGUGAAAAGUUACAUGUAUCCAAUCUAUUUGUUAUUGACCGAUUCAGGGGAUAGGAACUCAUCGGGAACUAAUCGGAAAGAGAAAGUUCAACGAGGACCGAUUUUUGAGCAGCACUCCGGUUCACAUAAGGGUGCAUCAAUUUCGAACAAAGUAUUCAAACGAGCGAGCUUUGUUUCUUUUUAUCUUUCACUCUCGGUUUUAUACUUUUGGCACAUAUCAGAACUGCUGCUCUGGUAAGAAUAUUUAUUUGCCGGGUGGACGGGACGUGCCCCAAAAAAUGGUAGAAUUCGACCUCUUCUUAGUAUCCUGCCGCAUGAAACCGUGGACCGUGAGUAAAUGGUCUUUUUGAAUCUUUUGUUGUUUGACAUUCAUUAACUUACUCUGCGGUUCAGUUUGUUAUAUGAAAGUUUUAAAAUGAAUAACCGAGGAAACUUACAGAAAAGAACAUACACCGCUGUCGCAUACAGAGGAGUAUCCACUGUGAAUGGAUAUAUUAGUAACAUUUUUUUCAUUUAUUUUUUAUCAAAAUUAAAGCAGAUAGUAUGGACACGCAAUCAAAAUGUGGCAUAGUAUAGCUAGGAUGAUAUAGAGACUUCACAAUCGACUUUGUUAGUCUGGUUCGAAGUUGAUGUAUUGACAGAGGAAUAGAUGUGGCAGUGGGCGACGCAUCGUUGUUGAACGAGAGCGUUUCACCGAUAUUAAUCGAAAACACUAGCAUUAUUUCAGUUCUUAGAUGCGUAAUAUUACUUGCCAUAUGAUUGUCCGUGACUGUGAAGGGAAAAAUGAUGAGAUUGUUAAGGGAAGGGAACCUCGCUCACAUCACAUGUUGUAUCUUCGUUGAUAUGUCUAGUUGUUGGUCAUUGUUUUGUUUUUGCAAAAUUAGUUAUUGAACGGAAGGAAGGAAGAUUUCCAUAGCUUCCAGCAAUGAUGCAAAUAAUGUGCGCGUGUCAAUUUGAUGCUCUCUUCGCGAGGAUAACAACUAAAGUCAAGAGAUGAAAGCGAAUGCAGUUUAUUGGUUUAUGCCUAUUGUUUUAUGCCGAUGUGUUUGCGAUCGAGAUAUAUUAAGGAUUAGCAUUUAAAUGCUAAUUGCAAUGUUUGCAGAUGUUACGUUUGCAUUGUAUUAAACCUGUUGUGUAUUGGCAAGAAGUAAAAGUGUGGUAUAACGUAUUUUACAUCACUUAAAUGCGUAUAGUUUUGGUUUCGUUGAAGUAACAUUAUUAUUUUACUGACUGGGUAUUCUACUGAUUAUAUAGAAGCAGCGUCAUUAGUGUGUAUUUGAGUGGAACGUAAUAGUAAACGUAUAUUGUACAGAGACUGCCUUCCGAUACGUUGCCAAGGAGAGCGAGUAGUUGCAAUCGCUACUAUCUUAAGGAACGCUUGGGAUGAAAGGGUUUUGUUGCUAAACAAGGCUUAGGAUGAGCACUUCAAUCCAUUGUACUUGGAAUUAUGUCAUCACUUUCUCUCGAAUAAAAUGUUCUUAAACACCGUAGUAGAAGUCACCUUCUAGAUGUUACAUUUUUAAUGCGCAACAAUGAUGGUCUUUAAUAUGGCGCUGAGCAACGCUGUGCUCUACUUUUGGCUCAAAAAUGGCAAUGCACAUUCACUGAAGCAUGUUGAUAUGCAAAACUUUAUAGUCUAUGGAUAAGUGUGCAACUUUUUUGUAGAACUAAUUAAGGACGAUGCACAUCUCCAUCUUAAUGCUUUUUAGGGUUAGUUCUGUCCGUGGUUAUAGGAUAAUUUCAAAACGUGUUUUCCCAUAUUGAUGGGAAAUAGGUUUUCAUUCUUGGCACACACAAAUUUCAACACUACCUAUGUUUGUGGUUGUUUCAUGAGCAGGUUUGUUCAACACUGACUGGCUUUGUGAACAUUGAAGCACAAACAUUUGUUUCCAUACAUUUUGCCGGAGAGAAGCGAGUUCCAGUACAGUACACAACAGUUUGCAACAAAACCCUGCGCAGUGCUUUUAAAAAUGUUAUUUAUAUUUUAAUCAGCGCAAAUGUUUGAUUUUACCACUAUUUUAACAUAUAUUUUACUAGUGGUUGCAGGACGCUUUUAAUUCAGUUUAUGAUUGUUUUGUUUGUCAAAUCCUAGUUCUUUUUACGUUGAGUUUGGUACAACGCAACGUCUGAAAUGCCAAUUUUAAAAGGUAACUGCUUCGAUCUGGUUAGUUUAGUUUUCCGGUAUAUUGGUUUUGUGGUGUUGAAAUCGUGCAAUGUAAACUGCUUUAUGUUAUUCCUUUGAUCAUCUGUUGCUAGGGAUUUAUGCUUCCCCCCACAGCACACUUUGAUUCAAACUGUCUUGUUGAAGAAAAGAUAGAGAAAUAAAUAUUUAUAUUCAUAUUUGCGAUCAAUCGCGAAGUUUCCAAUUAUGCUGCGUUGCAAUUAGGACGAUGCGGUACGAAACGAGUAAUGAGAGCCUUCGGAGUCCAUGUACAGGAGCACUCUAUAAACUGAUAAUACAAAAAAAAUCCCUGUGCAAACUAUAUAUCUACACUAUGAAUAUAUGUACUAUAAAUGGGAGUGGAUAUUGGAGAUGUGCGAUCGCAUAGACAUCGGCGCCCGGGUUUACCAGGACGACAAGAACAGUCAAUAGAACAUGAAGCAUGAAGCGUAGAAUCACUACUUAUGGUAGGUGUCGGAAUGUUAGUGGCCCACGAUGUCUUAACCUUAAAACAUAUUUACGAAUAUACACCGAAAUAUGUGAGCCUACUAGACCUCUUAACAUUUUAAAUCUUAAUGCAGAAAGGGGAAAAGCAGAAAGUCUAUACAACCAGAGUUAUUCAUGCACACCACGGCGGGACGCGCGCGACGAACGUUUGAGUCUCGUUUUUUUCCUUCUAUAGGUUGUUAACGAAAGCAAACGGCAUAUUGGUGAUGAAUUAUGGUAUCCCAUCGCAAGGCUAAAAUUUGAAAACAUACCCCAUAAACUUUUACAUUGCCUAAGGAGGUACUCAGCAGUAGGUAGAAUUGUUAAUUCGCGUUCGCGUCCAUUGAUGAGAGUGAUUUUGGAUAUCAUAAAGAUUGACAACACGCUUUUCCGUAUUUUAACUAUUACUUAUCACCUUUCAAUCGACUAGUGGAUGUUCGUGAUCCUUUUAUUGAUCCUAAUGCUCAGCGAAAACUAUGGCGGAGAUACCGACCGGGUUAGAUGAAACUUUCAAGCCAACCACCGCAAAGACGAAAUUAAAUUUAAAGCAUAAAAUUGUUGCGUGUGUUUUUCAACUCUUUCACGGCUAGAAAUGCAAUGCAAAAUAAUUACAUACAAAAUAAGAAUAUGUGCGGCACCGCAACGUCAUUAGGAGUGUAACAGAUGCAGACAUUAGUUUGAAGCAUAACCAUCUGUCCGCCAAAGCUGGCAAAGUUUCCUUCGCCAAGGUUAUGCGUAUUGCGUGUGUUAAAGAAAAGCACAUUAAAUUAACAGAAACGUAAAAUGUUCGGAGACUGGUCACGAUGCGACAGGUGCACACAAUUCAACGUAUUCAAACUAUCGAUCAUGUCGUUCAAACUGUGCGCACAACUUCCACACUCGAUAUUAGGGUCAAUUAAGUUGAAAAAGUAUGGCAGCAGAGCGCAACCCACUUGGGAUGCCGUUCGACACGCAAUCGGUUUGCUUCCGUAUUCUCCACGUUAACCGUUCCAAGCACCUUCCAACUACAAAAAGACCGUAUCGGGCAAACCGCAGAAAUAGAAUGUUCACUCUUCACAAUUCCCUAGCUGUGUAACACACUUGGUGCCGGUAGACACAUAACGUAAGCAGUUGAGAGCGCAACCAGAAACCUGAAACAUAGAUAUCCGCGCAAAACCAAGUUCAGUAUCAAUCGAAAUAGUAUUUAUCGUAAAUAGUAGAAAACGAACGGAGCUAACAAAGCUGUAAUGCAAAAACACUUCCACAAGCCAAGUCUACCACCAGAUAGCUAAGCGGAGGAAGUUGAUCGUAAACUUCAUCGGUUGUUUUGUUUUCGAGUGUUCCAAACCCAAAUCUUUCCGGAAUCCAAUUCAACCCACUUUAUGUAGCUUUAUUGGCCCAACUUUGCUACCCUAGCAAAUGUGCAGCCACAAAUGGGUUUGUUAGCGAUUGGUUUUGAGCAAAUUGUCGCAGAGUUUUAGUUAUUGAAUCGGAUCGUGGCGUGUAAUAUGACUAAAUAAUGGAUGUAAUGUUAAAUAUCUUAAAGGACAAUACAUAGUGGUUAAAGCAGAAUUGAGCAAGAAGCGAUUUAAAGCAUACCGAAUAAGCAAAGUGUGGAGUGUGACGACUUCAAGUGAAUUUAAAUUAAAAACGAAACCAAAAACUUUAAUUUUAAUCACGUGUGAACGUCGUGAACCUGGCAGGCAUGGAACAUAAAACCGUCAUAAAUGAUAUUCAAUCGCAUGUGGAAAUAAAAGUAUUAACGUACUCGAGAGAGAGAGAGAGAGAGAGAAAGGAAUUAAGAAAGGUUAUACAGUUAAUCCUUACUUCUGUGUACAGUUGUAAGAAAGUACGGAGCGUAGGACCGUAGCAAUGGUCUGCUGAAAAUAGGCUGAAUUCCAGAACGGCAUGAAACACAAAUAAAAACAAAAAACAGGAGAACCGGAUCGGAAUCGGGUAGGCUAGAUUGAUGGAGGCGAACCGGAAAGGCCCUACGCGUACAUACUUCUCAACUAAUGAUUCUUUAAGGCCUGUGCACAGUAUAAUACAAGAGAGAGAAGAUGUAGCUGAUAUGUAAAACAUGUGAGUGAAGAAUGACAGCAAAAACAUGUGACUGUGGCAUGAGCAUAAGUAUGGAUACUUAAUAAAUGGUUCUCAAUUCAAUAACUUUGAAUAAA